AUGUACAAGUCCGAAAUAGAAACAUCUUCGACUGAAUCUGCCACAAAUGCUUCUUCCCCGCAACAUCUUGAAAUAGAAACAAGUUAUAUGUCAAACGACACAUCAAGAUUGGUAAAGAAGAAGAAGACGAGCACAAAGGCAUUAGUGAAGCGUCUACUAGGCGUUGUGACUGACUUAAGUUCUAAAGUAGACUGUGUAUUACAGAAAAAAGAUGAACCAGACACAAAUGUUGAACUAGACAGAGGGUUUCGAGAGGAGGAGGAGGUGGAGGAGGAGGAAGAUAUGAUAAAUGAAGAGGAGGAAGAAAAAUAUUACCAUGAUACACAUUUUGACUAUGAUGAUAUAGGUACUCAUGGUUUGGAGGGGGAAUUUGGGCCUACACCUACGCAUGUUGAGCCGUCAUCGGGCGUGGGUGAACAUCACACAAAAGAAAUGACUCCUAUUGUUAGGCCGCAACGAAAGAGGGGGUGUUCCAUGGUUCUAUUCCCCAUAAACGUUCCUCAUGCCCAUUGGUUUUUGGCAGUGCUACAUUUAGAUAUUUGGAAAGUACACAUUUAUGAUUCAGCACGAUGUAUGAAUUACUUCACAACGUACUUGACUGGUGGAGAAUUCAAAAGUUUUGGGGAUAGUAUAAUCGAAGAGCUAGAUGUCAUUGACUACUGGAAGGAUUUCCCCGAUGGACACAAAGACAACGCAGUUGUGGAGUUUAUUGAUAUUGUAGACGCGCCACAACAAGAAUAUAUUAUUAAUAGAGGGGAUUGUGGAGUAUUCGUAAGCAUGUAUAUGGAAAUGAUUGUUUUGGGGGUACCGGUGAAGAGUGAUAAGCCAUGUAGAGAUGCGGGAUUUCUCUACAGAAAUAGGAUGACAAAUAUUAUUUGGGAUACUAAAUAACUUGAUGUUUGGAAGUUUGUAUACAUUAUUAUGAAAUACUUGUUUUUAGU